AAAUUUUCUUGUUUUUCAUUGUUGCUGUUUCAGGUUCUUCUAUUUAAAUUUUCUAUUAAAUUGUCUCAACAUGUCAGCAAAACAAGGACAAGAAAUUAAUUUGACCACUCUCCAGUUGCCACAGCUGAAGAUGCUGCAUGACCAGUUUGACAGUGAGAUUGAAUAUCUCACUAGUUCAAUGCAGUCUUUAAAAGGGGCACAAACUCAGUUUGAAUCGUCAAAACGUUGCUUGUUAAAAUCCAUGACCCCUGAAAAUGAGGGUAAAAGUGUUCUUGUACCACUUACCAGUUCCCUAUAUGUCCCAGCGAACUUGGUGGAUACAAAUAAAGUUUUAAUCGAUAUUGGUACAAAUUAUUACGUUGAAAAAAAUAUUUCCGAAGCUGAAGAAUUUUUCAAGCGGAAAUCUGACUAUGUGAAGCAGCAGAUGGAAAAGUUCCAACCAAUUCUGCAGCACAAGUUUAAAACAAGACAACUUAUAGUUGAAGUUAUGCAGACAAAACUUUUGGCUCAAUCCAAGCAACAAAAGUCUGAUCAAAAGAAAUAAACUGAAACAAAAGUCAUUAUGCUUAAAUAAAAUAUUUAAUGCAGUUUUUAUUAUUUCAUUAGAGUGUUCAUGUUUGCGCCUCAAUUUCAAAAACUGUUCACUUGCAUGUUUCAAACAGGCUUUCAUGUUUUUUUAAUGUAUUGGACUUAUACAAAAAUCUAUAUCUAUAUAUAUGGCCAUUUAGUUUGAGUAGAUUACAAUAAUUAAAUUUUUGCAUCGUGAGACUAUCUUGGGUUGCGCAUUGUCAUUUGUUAAUGUAGUUUUUGUAUGUUAGA